ACUCCCCCUUUAUAUUUAAAACCAUCAUCAUGCCUGUCCCCUCCCUCAAUUAAUCACCAUUUCUUCUUCUCUCCUCUCAAACCUUGUUGAAAAUAUAAAACUCCCAUUUUCAACAUUCUCCAAAAGAAACCUCCCCUUCAUUAGUACUAUUUCUUGAUCACUAGUGAAAACACACACACACUACAAUAUUCAAUGGUUACUUGUUGAUUUUCUUAAUCACACCUAUACAACAUUAUAGAAUUUCUUGAUAUUUAGUGAGAAAACACACACACACACACACAGAUAAAAAAAGUCCAUGAUGAAGCAUGAGCAAAUAGUAAUGGCAAGUCUUCCAAGAAGCAGCAGCUGCAAGAGCACAAGCAAGAUCAUCCCAGCCAACUACACCCGCUCCUCCGGCGCCGGCGAUGGCUUCUACCAAAAAGCCCUGGUCCGCCGCCCCGCCCACCAAACCCGCAGCAGCGGCGUGUCCACCUUCCUCCGCUCCCUCAUCUCCAUCUUCACCAUCCCAGCCUGCCGCUGGCUCCACAUGCCCACCCACCUCACCGUCCCGCCCUCCCUCGGCCGCAAGGUCACGGGCACCCUCUUCGGGUACCGCCGCGGCCACGUCAGCUUCGCGGUCCAAGACGACCCCCGCUCGGAGCCCGUCCUCCUCAUCGAGCUCGCCCUCUCCACCUCCACCCUGGUCAAGGAGAUGUCGUCGGGGCUGGUCAGGAUCGCGCUCGAGUGCGAGAAGGGCCGAGGGAGCUCGCAGCGCCUCUUCGCGGAGGCCGCGUGGACGAUGUACUGCAACGGGAGGAAGUGCGGCUACGCGGCGGCCAGGGACUCGACGGACUCCGACCGCCACGUGCUGCGGACGGUGCAGAGCGUGUCGGUGGGGGCGGGGGUGAUUCCGGUGGUGGACGACGGGACCGCGCCGGAGGGGGAGCUGCUCUAUAUGAGGGCCCGCUUCGAGAGGGUGGUCGGCAGCCGUGACUCCGAAGCUUUCUACAUGUUGAAUCCAGAUGGAAAUGGUGGGCCCGAGCUCAGUAUUUUUUUGCUCAGAAUUUGAUUUUCUUUUUCUUUUAUGAAAAUAUAUGGUUUGCUUGUUGGGGUCAUGAAAUAAAUUGAGGUGUUACUAUGUAUUAUAAAAAUAGAAAGAACAUGUUACGUUGCGCUU